AUGAACGCAAUCCGUCGACUCAGAGCCGAUGUUGACGAGCAGAUCGUAAAGCAUGAAGCUUUCCCAUGCAAUCAGAUAUUGCAGAAAGUGAAACCCCUUCCGCAGGAGCUCCGCGAUAUGAUAUAUGGCUUCAUUUUCCAGGACUCAGCUGUUCGUCUAUUGGCGGAGGAGGACGAAAAGUUCGAGUGCAACUUUUAUCUCUACCUCGAACCGGGAACUACAACGCGUAUCCCUUACCGCUAUCUUCUGGAGCCCGAUUACUUCGUUGAUGACGCUAAAGUCAGGGAAGAUUUGGCUAGAGCGUGGUUUGAAACUACAAAGUUUGGGAUUAUGGAUCCCUCCAUCAUGGAGUCUUUUCUCCUCCAGUUUCCGUGGAGCACUGGAUUACAGCCGCUCAGCUUACUACACCACGUCACCUUGGUGAUACUUCUUGAAUCCGAUAAUGUCGAUCACACCGGUUACCUGGAACGGUUUAAGUCACUCCUCCUCCUCGACAAAGAGCAUACAAAGAUCACGAUCUGCGUGCCCUUUCUCAUUGACUACCCAAAUUUCAGAGACGCACAAGUUUUACCAUUGAGAGGGCAUGCGCAGAGUGCAGCGUAUCUCUUCCCAGACUUGGUUGACUUGAGAAGUAGGGGAUUCAAGGUGACAGUGCGUUCUGAAAGGGGCCUGGAAUUUCUAGUUGAGCCUGAAGAAACUACUGUGGAAGGGUGGACAAAGAAAUUCGAAGCGGCUGUUGAAGAGGCUCGCAUAAAGUUCUGGAAAGAGGAGUAUAGUGGACAUUAUCCGGACUGGGACGACAUGCAGGACAAGAUGGAAGAUGCGUCACAGAAGUAUAUCUCGGAUAGCUCACAGCACUACUUUUCAGGUGAUCUGCAAGAGGAUGAUUCGGAUGAAUCACACGAGGAUGAGUCAGACGGGUCACAAGAGGAUGAUAUGGACGAAUCAGAAGGAUAA